UUGAUCCUUCACUACGUAAUACCCGAGUUCAAAACAUGCGAUGAAUUCCUUGCUUACAUUGCACGAAAAAUUGGUCGGCUAAAGAAAGGCGGUCGUCCUGAUAUGAGUGCUGCUGCUAAGAAAGUAUUGGUCGACUGGAACACUGGCAAGUUGCGCUAUUUCACAGAACCACCAGAGGGAGAAAAUGAAGAUGGGCAGCAUGGCAAAUUAUGCUCUGCAGAAUUGUUAUCGGAAAUGUCAAAAGAAUUUGAUCUGGAAGCACUGGACAACGAACAGAAAACUCUAGUAGAGGGCAUGCUUUUCAGCCGUUAUUCCUCACUUUUCUCUUGGCUUGUAGGGAGAAACGCUGUUGUGGCGAUAGCGUGA